ACUACCUUUUUCAUUUCCACAUCUAUUUAUUUAUUUCUAAUUAGAAUAAACAGCCUGUGUGAUCCACCCAGUGUUAAUGUUGAAACAAGGUGGGGCUGGCUGACCCUUCUGUCUCUAUUCGGACGGACCACAGAUAGGAGAGAGCUGGGACUCACUCUGGAGAGAUCUGCUGCUGUUGUUGUGUGACAUUUGGGGAGAUCCGGGCCAUGAAUUCGGCCGAACAGACGGUAACGUGGCUCAUCACGCUGGGGGUCCUGGAGUCUCCCAAGAAAAGCAUCUCGGAUCCAGAGGCUUUCCUCCAGACGUCCCUGCAGGAUGGAGCGGUGCUGUGCAGGCUGCUGGAGCGACUCAGACCCGGGACGGUGGACAAAUUUUUCCAGGAACCGAGGGGCGACAGCGAGAGUCAGAAGAACAUAACCGAGUUUAUUAUAGGCUGCGGGGCUUUCGGUGUGGAGCCUUUUGAGGUUAAUGACCUCCUGCAGGGACUGAACUUCUCCAAGGUCCUAAACUCCUUGGUUGCCCUCAACAAAGCCACUGAAGAUUUGGCUGUUUCUGAAGACAGUAAGUGCGUGCCGCACUCCUCACACCUGAGGAUCAAGUCAUUUGACUCGCUGAACACUCAGAGUCGCUCCUCUAAAGUGCUGCAGCCUCAGUACCGCAGCCUGGACAUGUCAGAGGGCAGCGGGGGUGGCCAUGUGCUCUUCAAGGCGCGCUUUACUUUCCAGCAGACCAAUGAGGACGAACUCUCCUUCUCCAAGGGCGACAUCAUCAGUGUGAGCCGGCAGGAGGACGGGGGCUGGUGGGAAGGCUCGAUCAACGGCAACACCGGGUGGUUCCCCAGCAACUAUGUGCGGGAGCUGAAAGGAAACGACAAGACGUUAGAAAAGCCGAAGUCUGGGACCCUGAAAAGCCCCCCCAAAGGUUUUGACACCACCAUCAUCAGCAAGACUUACUACAAUGUGGUCCUGCAGAACAUCCUAGAAACAGAGACUGAAUAUUCGAGGGAGCUCCAGAGUCUGUUGGGCUCAUACCUGCGCUCACUUCACCCCACAGACAGGAUCACUAGUGUUGACAUCAGUCACAUUCAGGGAAAUCUGGAGGAGAUCUCGACCUUCCAGCAGAUGUUGGUUCAGUCCUUGGAGGAGCACACAAAACUCCCAGAGAACCAGCAGAGGAUCGGCGGGUUCUUCCUCAAUCUGAUGCCCCAGAUGAAGCUCAUCUAUGUGGCCUACUGCUCCAACCACCCAUCUGCUGUCAAUGUACUCAUACAACACAGUGAGGAGCUGGGGGAGUACAUGGAGUCAAAGGGGUCGUCGGCUCCUGGGAUCCUGACUCUGACUACUAGUCUGAGUAAACCCUUCACCAGACUGGAGAGAUACCCAACGCUGCUGAAAGAACUGGACCGACACAUGGAGGACCAACACCCGGACAGAGCUGAUCUCAUUACUGCCAUGAUGGACUUUAAAAGCUUUGCAGCUCAGUGCCAGGAGGUGAGGAAGAAGAAAGACCUGGAGUUACAGAUUUUAACAGAGCCAAUCAGAAACUGGGAGGGUGAUGACAUCAGAACUCUCGGCCCCGUCCUCCACAUGUCCCACUCUACAGUCCACACGCAGAACUGUCAGGAGUCAAAUGAACGCUACCUCAUCCUCUUCCCUCACUGUCUGCUCAUGCUCUCUGCCAGCCUGAGGAUGAGUGGAUUCAUCUACCAGGGAAGAAUACCACUAUCAGGGAUUCUCAUCUCCAGAAUAGAAGACGGAGAAAACCUGAAGAAUGCUUUUGAAAUUUCCGGUGGCCAGUGUGAUCGGAUGCAGGUGGCCUGUAACAGUCAGCACGAACUACAGGAUUGGCUGGACCUUCUCACCAAACACACACACACUCCGGCCACACGCACACACUCGCAAAAGCGUCAGUCUGUGUGUCACACAUUGCCCUCUCAGCCCGCCACUCCCUCCAGACACUCGGAGUCCCGUGGAGGGAGCACUGGACACACCUACCACACCCUUCCCCAUCCCUCAUCGUACGGGACGGCCCUCAGCAGCAGCCCUAUGUGGGGGCCCCUGGAGCCACCGAGUACCCCUAAACCCUGGAGCCUGAGCUGCCUUCGCCCUGCGCCUCCGCUCCGGCCCUCGGCUGCUCUCUGCUUCAAAGAGGAUAUGAGUAAGAGUCCUAAGAACAUGAAGAAGCUUCUGCCUAAGAGGAAGCCAGAGAGGAAACCCUCAGAGGAGGACUUCACUGUCAGAAAAAGUACAGCGGCUCUAGAGGAGGACGCUCAGAUACUGAAAGUGAUCGAGGCCUACUGUACCAGCGCCAAGACCCGACAGACGCUCAACUCCAGCUCCAGCAGGAAGGACGUGCACAUGUUGUUCCCAGAGGAGGAGAAGAUCAUAGUGGAGGAGACCAGGAGCAACGGGCAAACUGUAGUGGAGGAGAGGAGUCUGGUGGACACUGUGUACAGCCUGAAAGAUGAGGUCCAAGGGCUAAAACAGGACAACAAGCGGAUGAAGAGGACGCUGGAGGAGGAGCAGCGAGCGAGGAAAGAGCUGGAGAAGGUCGUCAGGAGAGUUCUGAAGAACAUGAACGACCCCACCUGGGAUGAGACUAACCUCUGAGAUCAACAUGGGUCUGAUCACCAUGGACGAGACCAAUCUCUGAUUUUAUAAUGACCAAAUUAACCUGAGUGGACAGAAGCUGCCAAUACCUUAUUCAACAUGUCUUCACCAUUUUCACUUGCUUUGACCUUCGCAGUGGCUUUUGUAAUAAACUAUGGACCAAGAGAAAAAAAACGCCUGCCAGCAAAACAGCCAAGCCAUCCCAACAGACCGUAAAGCUGUGAAGCCAAAUUAGCUGGUAGGUACGAUGACAUCACUUCCUGUCACGCUCCUUUACUUUUUUCACACAGCCUUGUUUGGAGCGCCGACAAAACAAUCACUUUUUCUCAUUUAAUUGUGUAUUCAUCUUUCAUUCCUCCUUGUGCUUGUAUGACAUUUCCCCUUUGCCAGGACAGUAUUUUAUUGACUGGCCUUGUGCAUGAAAUAUACAUUUCAGAGAGAUUAGAACUUGAAAUAGUCAUCCACACUCCUCAUUUCAUUGGCAGCAAUUUUUUAUUUUAUUGUAUGAUAUAUUUUUCUUAAUUCUAACAAACUAUAAAGUCACUUCAAUUUAAGUAAACCUAAUUAUACCACACUGAAAAGUGACAGGACUAGUUUGAAGUUCUCCCUGAGGGGUAAAGAUUAUUGCAGCUUUGAUGAAAACGUCUAGUUCUACAUUUUGCAACAGACCAAGAUAUUAUUUUAUGAAUCCACUGCAAUGAUUCAUGGGAUAUGCAAGUUUCUGGUGGAAUUAUUUUGAUUACUUUUAGGAAUAUAUAAUUUUGUAUUGUACUAACUUUUUAAACCCAGAUGGAUAAACUACAAGCGAAUUGUACCAGAUCACAUGACUACUAAUCCAGGCUGCUGUGGCUAUAUGCAAAUAUAGCACACAAUGUAGAGGCAUUAACUAUAUGAUUGAAAAUGAUGAAAUUCACACUUGGAAUAAGGUCCAGCUAAAUGUACAUCUUUCACCUGUAAUAGUCCUUUAAUUGUUUAACACUUCACAAAAGGAGUUGAUGUUUAACUUUUUCUUAACUACUGUCACUCUUUUUUUGCUCCAGCUGUCAAUAGUAUGAUGGAGGAUAAAUUAUAACUAUCUACUGAGAUCUAGUCAAAAACUGCACUAAACUUACUGAGGCAUUGAUUUGCAUAUGAGAAGAGCUCCGUCUCACACAGAUACCGUCACAGUUAACUUUUAGUUUGUCCUGACUUCAGGAGCUACUCUAAAUAUUCCUAGUGAGACAAAUCACUGCUCUUUCAGUUUGAAGUCCAAGCAAUACAACCCUGGAAAAUGUUUUUUAAAUUAUUUUUUAUGACGUCAAUAUGCAACUUACUGUGUAAUGAUUUCUUAUUUUUAUAUUUGUGAUUGUGUUUUUACCCUGGUUUUGAUUUGUAACACUACUUAUUUUCUACUUUUUUAUUUGACUCUUUGAUCACACUAAAGAUGAUUUGAAGCAUACUUCUAACUAACGUCGGGAGACAUGCCUUUGGGAGAAGAACAUUUCCUUUGCUCAAGAUAUUAUUGAAAUUAAAAACCACACUAAUGCAAGCUUUGUGAUAAAGUGUGUCAAUUAUUGACUAUAACUUAUGUAUUUAAAUGAAAGUGACUGAUGUAAAUGUAUUGUGUGUGCAAAUGCUAUGGUGAUGAAGGUGAUUACAGUAGUUUCUAUGACAAGAAUCAUCCCCCCUCUAUUUAUUUCACCCAUUUGUCUGUGAAUAAAAUGUUGAAUCAAA